ACAUCAGUCGUAACCACAGCAGCAGGCACUUGGUUUUCAGUUAUAUUUGGACAUCGCCUCGCACCGGCUCUCCAUCCAUCUUUCCAACUACACUAAACAUCCGAAUCGGCCUCUGAAAAAUUAUUAGCUUUUUCGAGCUAACCCAGUGAUAUCCUCCGGAGCAGCGGCAGGAUCUUAGAUGGUAUCGCCGCGCAAGCCGGCAUCGUCCUACGGCCCAAGAGCACCCCGCUUGGAAGCGAACAAUCUGAUGGCAGCGUCGGCAAAGAGCUGCGAGAGCCUAUUCUCGGCCAGCUCCCGGGAAUCGGCCAGUUUGAUCUACCAGAGGAGCAAACCUGCCCAACAACGUGGCGGCAUGAAGGGCUCCUCCGGCACCAGCCACCCGACGAUGUCCUCCCAGAAUCACAGCGAGAUCCAUCAGCGGGUCAUGUCCGCGAGGAAUCUGCGCGCCAAGACCUUCCAGAAUCAGCUGGCCGAUGCCCAGGCGGAGAUCGCCAACCUGGCGCACGAGAACCGCAUGCUGCGCACCCUCCACAAGCGCCAGUCCUCGGCGCUGAACAAGUACGAGUCCAACAACGCCGAGCUGCCGCAGUUGCUCCACUCCCAUGCCGAGGAGCUGCGCGUGUGGCAGACCAAGUACAGGAACCUCCAGGCCGCCAACAAGGACCUCGAGCUGAAGCUCAAGCAGAAGGAGGCCAUCAUCCUGUCGCUGAGCGAUCAGAACAAGCACUACAGCCAGCUCAACAAGGAUAAAAACCUCGACGAGCGCCAGAAGCUCCAGGAGAAGCUGAAGUCCCUGGAGCAGCGUCUGGAGGACAAGGAUAACGACAUGAAGCUGAUGGCCCGCAAGGUACAGCUGGAGUCGAAGAACUUCCGCCAGCAGCUGCUCAACGAGCAGAAGAAGGGCAAGGAGGUGAUGCUGAAGCUGGAGAAGGCCAGGCUGGAGAUCAGUGGCUACCGCAAGCUGGAGGAGUACACUCUCGGCACCGAGAAGGUGAAUCCCCUUUCCUCUGGACGGCGCACUAAGCUGAGCGGAGUCACCGAGGAGCCGGACAAGAUCGACAAGCUGGAGAAAUCAUUGGAUAUGCUGGACAAGGCCAUCGAGAAGAACAACCAGAGCGAGUUCAACGCCCUGACGGACGUCAUGGAAUCGGAAUCGUUCUAUGACUUCGAAAAGGACAGUGCGGAAGACAAGAGUGGGCCGAGCACUCCGCCUGGCCAGCCGGAGCGACAGACGGCAGGAGGACGUGGCGGCAAGCUCGUACUGCCGCCGGCCACCAACCACACCAAGAUGGGUCAGAACGCGAGCCGUUCCACUCUCAGCCAAGUGCUGUCGGCCCAGGGAAGGAUCCCAGUGUCCUCCGCAAAGGCUGCUAGAUCCAGAAUUGGCGUGGCAGCUCCCAAGGCGGGAAGUGUCCAGGCCAGCAAACGUCGUGAACCGGAAGUCCUGUCCAGAAUGACAUCCGCUGAGGUCAAGUCCAAGCAGCAAUCCCUGAAAUCCCUGGAGUACGAGUACGAGGAUGACUAUGAGCAGGCGGGCGAGGAUGAUGAGGAUGACGCCUACGCCAUGAUGGGCAAGAUGUGCGAGGAGGGCGAGGAACCAGAGGACAACAGCGAAGAGAAUGCCAACGAGGCCAGUCUCGUGAAGUAUGCCGCCUACCUGGACGCCAAGAGCAGCGAGGGCGAUCCUCUGGAGGAGUCGCUUGAGGAUGACGACGAGGGAACGGAUGGCCAGCAAACGCAGCGCAGUGAUGACGAGCAGUCCCAGGACAACAGUGUUCGUGCUCCGCGUCUGAAGGAAAACAUGUCCAGCCUGCGCAAGCAGAUUUCGGAUGACUACAAGGAGCGCGAGAGCUUCCUGAAGACGUUCUGCCGCCAGGCGAGCAACAGCAACAUGCGCGACGAUCCGGCGCCCAAGAAGAGGAACAGCAUCGCCGGCGGAGCGGCGGCCAGUAGCCACAUGACCGGCAGCCGCAAGCACGCCCUCCUGGCCGCCCUGAAGACGAUCGACGACAACAAGAGCCAGGACUAGAGUACACCACGUUAGUUCCACCCAUGUCCAGUUCAAGUUAGUCCCUAAGCGGUGUUGAGUUAUAUAUAUAUUUUUCAAGCUGAGACCGGUGCUUCCGGCCCAGUUGGAGCAGCUGCAUCAGUGGCUGGCCCAGGAGUAUCCAAUUCAACCACUGCUGCAGUUGCUCCAGCGCCGGCAGCGCGGACGUUGAGUAAAUUUUAAUAGAAAUAUA